AUGGCGGAGACGACGCGGCGGCGCGACAUGACGUCUGAGAGCGGCGGCGAGCGGUGCCAGGGGGCCGACGGCCGUGUGCGCCUUAUCGGCACGGCUAUGGACCUCGGGUGCGCGUGGCAUGGGCGCGAGGCAUGCUUGGGGCUCGACACUCUCUUAGGCCGAAAAAUACCAGCAGAAUCCCCAAAUCCCAUCGCCCAACUCCCCUCACCUCUCUCGCUGCCCUUCUACCGCCGGCUCUCGCCCGAUUCCCUGCUCGAUCGCCCCUCGACGAGACUAGCUGAACGAAGCCACCGAGUCACCGUACGCACGCACCAUCCCUUGCUACCUCGAUCCAAUUCAGAGUUGCCCCUAGAUUCAUGGGUGCAAGCCAAACUCCAAACAUCUUGGUCGAGACGUGCAACUGCCGGUAACGCCAUGCAUGCCUCCCUGGGCCGCGCCCCUUGCUGCCCCGUAUUGCCAGCGUUGCCGCGUGCGUGUCCCCGUGUCGCCAGUGUCCCCGCGUGCGUGUCCCGCGACUCCUCGCGUCUAGCAACCGCNGACGCGUCCAGCAGCCCCGAAUGCACCCUGGCGAGCCCACCAGCGGCCAGACGACCUCAACCAGCACCCGGUACGCGGCAGCCCGUGCCAAGCCCGCAGCGCCAUUUUCUCGUUUUCCCCGAACCCUUUGACCGUUUUCUAACCCGUUGA